AUGGGUUCCGAAUUCCCAGAUGGUGGGAUUUGCACGCUCAGCUGUGUGAAGGUCCAUGCAGAUUUGAUCUACAGAUCGCUUCUUGCCAAGGAAUAUACAACACUGGACAGCUAUGCAGACCUCGAACAACUCGAGUUGUACGAAGGGCAGAGCCUUGGACUUUUAGGCAACAGCGUCAAACAACGACUCCUGAGAAUGCUUCAGGGAGAGAUGGAGCCAGUCACGGAGGUUGCUUCUGUCAUGAAGAUCGACGGUCUCUGUCUCGGAAGCAUGGCCAAUUGUAGGACACACGACAAGGACUUUGCCAUCCUCACAAUUCAUCCUGAUGACUGGGUUGCUGGCCAGGAAGCGGUGGAACCAGAUGCGAGCUGGAUGAAACAUGGGAAACUGGCAUGGAACUCGAUACCUAUCACAAAUCUCGAGGACAGAGAGCACGGCCUCAAGGAAGCAUUGAUAGGCCUUCCACACAAGACUUGUUUCAUAAGGGCACCCUCUGUUGUCAACGGGAUCCUAUCGCCGGUGGUAGACCACUACGUGAUAGAGCUGGAGGACUCUACUGCAGCCCCUCUGCUGAAGUUCUUUCCUAAUGCGUGUCAGUUUUUAGCCACGCAUCUAGCUGCUCCAAGACGCAAGGCCAUGGCGCACUGCAAGGCUGGUAAAUCGCGUGGGCCUGCAUUCACACUCGCCUUCAUGAUUUAUAGAUACUAUCACACCGUCAUCGAGAACAACCCCCAAUACCCAUCAAUCACACCCUCGCAAAAGGCAAAGGUUGUUGAUCGCCUAGAUGCUGUGAUCAACGACUUUAUGGGAUUUCUCAUGGAGAUCCGCCCCUGUAUCAGUGCAGAUAACAAGUUCAGGACGCAGCUGCGUCUUUGGGCCUGGCAGCUCGUGCACAAGACCAGACCUGCAAUAAAUCCCGAAAGGCCGAGACCUGGCGGGGGAGAUAUGAGGGAUGCGGCUAUCAUAGAGUUCUAUAUUCGAGAGCAGAGGCCGUUUCGGAACUUGGUCGAACACUGGCUCAAGAGGCGGUUCUCAGGUGAGACAAGAUGGCGGGCUGCGGAGAUGGAGAAGGCUCGUAUGGAGGGCACAGCCAAGGGGCAAGACCCGAAGGUCAAAAUGGAAGAAUAUAUUCAUUACUGGAAGAGAGUGAUGCAAACAGAGGCGGAGGAGUAA